AUGCCGAAGAAGCCAGCAGAGGAAGGAAAUGAUUCGAAGGAAGUGCCAGAAGCAUCUGCCCCACAGAACCAUGGGAAAGAGCUGUGCCCCCCGGGAAAUCCAAGUACCUCUGAGAAGAUUCACGAGACAUCUGGACCCGAAAGGCGGGAACAUGCCUGGACCCACAGACUGCGUGAGAGAAAGCAGGUGGUGAUUUAUGAAGAGAUCAGCGACCCUGAAGAAGAUGACGAGUAA